CAUUUCCACUUUUCGCCACCUUCACUUCUUUUCCAAGCCAUCUCACACCUUCACGUAAACUUCACCAUCUUUUUUUUUUUCCAAGGAAAAUCAAUGGGGAGAACACCUGGCUGCGACAAAAAUGGCCUCAAGAAAGGUCCCUGGACUCCCGAGGAAGAUCUUAAGCUUAUUAAUUAUAUUCAGAUUCAUGGCGCCGGACAUUGGCGUAACCUCCCCAAGAAUGCUGGGCUCCAAAGAUGUGGAAAGAGCUGCCGUCUCCGUUGGACGAACUACCUGAGACCUGAUAUAAAGAGAGGAAGGUUUUCAUUUGAAGAAGAAGAGACUAUUAUUCAACUACACAGUGUUUUAGGAAAUAAGUGGUCCGCCAUUGCUUGUCGGUUGCCGGGGAGGACUGACAAUGAGAUCAAGAAUUACUGGAAUACACAUAUAAGGAAAAGGCUUGCAAGGAAUGGAAUCGAUCCUGUAACACAUGCUCAACGUCUUGAUUUAGUUGACUUGUCUUCUUCCAUUAUUAGCUCAUUAUUAGGUGUCCAAGCUCUCCUAAAUCCUCAACUGUUAAGCUUAGCUAACACCCUCUUGUCGUUAAAACAAGAAAACCCAGAAUUAUUACUACAAUAUCUUCAACAAAACCAGCUUCUUCAAACUCCCACGUUAGAACCACUAAGCCAACUUCUUCAAGCUCCCAUGACAGACUGUAGCGAUCAAAAUUCCCAGAAAAGUAAUGUAUUAGUUUCGCAACCAAAUUAUGAACAUUCUAAUCCAAAUCCAACGGUACCAUCACUUGUAUCUGACAAUUCAGAUUUCCAUUCAAUGGAUGGUAGCCAGAAUUUUGGGUUGGAUUCAGUGAGGUUCACGCCGAUAUCAAGUCCAACUCCGUUGCAUUCAUCAUCUACAUUCAUCAACAACAGCUACACUACCCAUUACGAAAUAGAAAGAUUCAACAGUUUGCUCAAAUAUGAAAUUCCAGAAAGUUUGAAUAUUAAUGACCUUUUGUAAAUAUAUAUACAUACACACACAUUAUUUGUAGCUUGAGUCUCAGAGUUUUGGCUUGUAAAACUGAAGACACCAUCUUUAUUUUUUCUUUUUUAGAUGUUUUAUUUUAUUUUGUUUUUUUUUCUCAGUUUAUUGUGGGUUCCUGGGUUUGUAUUAUAUAUAUAUAUAUUAUAAUUA